AUGCGUUUCCGUCUCGGCACUGUGGGCCACGGCGAUGAGCUUCUGCCCACCCACCGGAUGGGGACGUACGGCGUCGCCACGUUGCUCGACUUCCUGCCCUGCAGCUUCAUGGCGCUGAUCACGAUUUUCGGCAGUCAACUGGGCGUCUUCAUGUUCUGGGGACCCAUCUACCACUAUUCCAUCGCCUCACUGUUCUUUGCCAACUACAUCAUGUGCCAAAUGCUCGGCAACAUUUGGGGCGUGGUGAAGUAUCGGAAUCGGAACUGCGCCCAGUACCAGCUGUGUCGGCUCGGCAUCUCGUCGGCUGUGGAAUCGGCGCACUCGAAUCCAUCGGUCAACUGCUCGGGGGUCAAGAUCGAGAAAUGGAAGUGGUGUGAGAAGUGUAGCCUAAACAUGCCCGUCCGCGCCAACCAUUGCCGAUAUUGCAAGAAAUGCGUGCUACGCCAGGAGAACCAUUUCUUUGCCUUCGGCUGCUGCAUCGCCGUCGGCAAUACGCGCUUCUUCUUCCUCUACUUCCUUUGGGCGCUCACCUAUGGCGCGUGGGGUGUUGCGACGUGCGCCCUCUUCGUCGUGCGCGUCGUUGACUCAGAGGACCCACUGUACGGGCAAUACAUCGCGCCGAUGCUCGAGCUGAUGCGGAUGCGGCUCGAAAGUGGUGAAGCUGAUGUGAAGAGCUGGGUUGGCUGGGUGAUGACUUUCUACUUCUCCACGGCCGUCGUCCGCAUUUUGGCUUUAAUUUCGCUGAUCUUCUUCAUCAUAGCGGCCCUCAGCGUGGGCGCCGCCUACACCACUGAAAUUCUGUGGCAAGCCUGGAUCGGUAUGGGAUAUGACGAAGAGCGGGACGACAAAGCGGCCGGCAUCCGCGGCGACGCCCAGGACACCAGCUUUAUGCAGCGCCUCAACUUUCUGCUCGGCCCUCACGUGUUGAUGUGGAUUCUCAUCCCGCCACCGCUUCUCAUCCGUUUCGGGCUUGUCAAGGCGGAAAUCACCUGGGACCAGGCCCACCGCGAGUCGCUGAUCGACCGCCCGCUAAAAGAUGUGGCCAGCCGGGACCAGCACUUCUCCUACAAC